UCAACGGGACCGAAUUCAUAAUUUCAUGUCAUCGGCGACAGAUCGCGCCAGUUUGAAUUCGGUCGUUAGGAUUCAUGCAGCUGCAGCCGUUCGCUGAUGUCGUCAUAAUAACGCCCCGUCAUUCCCUCUUACGGGCUCUCUCAUUUCAUCUGGCGUGAUGCGAUCGCAGUGUGACAGGGAGGGAGAAGCGGAUGAAUGCAGUUUUUCUUUGCUGGAGUAGCAACUAGGGUUAACAAUAGAGAGCUUAACCAUCGCUGAUUGUUGUCACUCGGGAGGAGGGACAGCGGUUGUGCCGGGCGCCCGGACUUGAUGCUUAGCCUUGGCAUCAUGGAAGAGUUUGUCACCGAAGAAGAAGAGCCAUGGUACGAUCAGCGAGACCUGGAACAAGACCUGCACCUGGCUGCAGAGUUGGGGAAGACGCUCCUGGAGCAGAACAGGGAGCUGGAGGACUCUCUGCAGCAGAUGUACAUGACCAGUGAGGAGCAGGUGCAGGAGAUCGAGUACCUGUCCAAGCAGCUGGAGACGCUGCGGGAGAUGAACGAGCAGCACGCCAAGGUGUACGAGCAGCUGGACGUGACCGCCCACGAGCUGGAGCUGACCAAUCAGAGCCUGGAGCAGGAGAGCAAGGCCUCCCAGGAGAAGAUUGCGAGGCUGACGGGCACCAUGGAGACGCUGCAGGGGCAGGUGGACGCGCUGACCGCGCAGGUGGAGGAGCUGCGCUCCCUGGAGCAGCUGCGGUAUCGGCGGGAGAAGAGGGAACGGCGCCGGACCAUACACUCCUUCCCCUGCCUGCGCGAGCUGUGCUCCGGGCCCAGUUUUGGGGACGGGGCGUCGGGCCGGCGGGCGGCGCGGCCGGAGCGCUCUGCGCUGCAGGAGGAGAACGAGCGCCUGCGUGACGCGGUGUCGUCGCUGCGCUCGGCGGUGGGCGCGGAGCGGGGCCGGCGCGAGGGCGCGGAGCAGGAGUACGCCUCCGUGCUGCAGGAGCUGGGCAGCCUGGAGCAGCGUCUGCGCGGCGCGGAGGGCUGCCGCCUGCGCGUGCGCGAGCUGGAGGGCGAGCUGCUGGAGAUGCAGCAGCUGUGCCGGCCGCGCCUCCUCGUCAUCAACCCCGACGAGGGCCUGGCCCAGACGCUGCUGCGCUCCGCGCCGGAGAGCGACGCGCCCGAGGGCGAGGGCCCCGCCGAGGAGGGGCCCCCGGGGGCCGCCGAGGGCCUGCAGGCCGCCAGCCCCGUGCGCAAGAGCUGCAGCGACACCGCGCUCAACGCCAUGGCGGCCCGCGACGGCCCGGGCCGCGGGAGGGCCGGCUACGCGCUGCACGCGCCCGGCGGGCCCCAGCGCGGCAUGUCCAUCCUGCGGGAGGUGGACGAGCAGUACCACGCCCUGCUGGAGAAGUACGAGGAGCUGCUGGGCAAGUGCCGCCGGCACGAGGACAGCCUGAGGCACGCCGGCGUGCAGACCUCCCGCCCCAUCUCCCGCGACCCCUCCCUGAAGGAGGGCGCCGGGGCCUCCUCCUCCUCCUCCUCCUCCUCCUCCGCCCUCGGGCCCGCCCUCCUCCUGCCCGACCCGGACGAGGCCCUGCAGGGCUUCGGCGGCCAGCUGGAGGCCGCGGACAAGCGGCUGGGCCAGAACACGCCCGAGUACAAGGCCCUGUUCAAGGAGAUCUUCUCCCGCAUCCAGAAGACCAAGAGCCACGUCAAGACCUCCAAGGCCGGCAAGAGCGGCAAGUGAACCCUCCCGUCUGCCGUCGCUCACGAGAGGCGAGAAGAUGGCGGCUCUUCUUUCCUCAGACUGGAUCUGUACUUCCAGGCCUUUCGUGGUGUCAGACUUACCCCCCCCAUUGAUGCUCCAACCCUCUUGUCAUCGUCAUUGUGAAUUUGGCAGGGAGUGGCCAAAGCUUUUUAGCAUUGUCUUUUUUUAAAAGAGAUUCCCUCCUAUAACUAACUGCCCUUCAGCCAAGGAUCGCCAUAGACCACAAAAGAUAACAGGAAACUGAUCGUAUCCCCACUUUAAUUUCCUUAGUCAAAGCUGAAUAAUUAAAAAAUAAUAAUCUUUUAGACAAUGACCACAGUUCAUAGCCUAGCAUCGAUGUCACCACACAGGUCAGUUUCCCCCAGCAAAAACAUCAGGCAGUUAGUGCUUCGGGCUUCAGCCAGAGUGCAAUUCAUCCUAUUAAGAGGAACUAGAGAACUGUGCAAGUUCUUCCUCUGCUUGGCUUUUGACCAGACAACAGCUAGCGUUAUGAUUGUAGCAUAAAUGCUGCCAUCUAGGAUAUAUGAUUAUUAAGGAAAAGCUGGCAUAACUAUUUUAACAGUAAUUCUAAUAUGUACGUGGACAUUAAUGCCAAGGUUGACCCGGAAUAUUUAUGCAUGGAAAACUGUGGCUGUGUUCGAAACCACCACGUACUAGCAGACUAUUUGUACUAAAUUUCGGGCUCAUUUUCACAGCCCGUGUCCAGUUCCUCUCUCUGACCUUUCACCUCUGGGUUCAGUGAUCAGGGAGAACACAGGGGUCAUCAAGCGAAAGAAUGAAUUAUUCAGGAAGGAAAUUCAAUGGAGAUAAAAAAAGAAAAAAAAGAAAAUCAGAAUAAAUAUGGUGCCAUUGAAGGGUGGGUGGGAUAUAGGGUCUUCGGUCUCCGUGACAAUGUGAAAACACGUCGAGAAAACAAAAUGGACUCCCUUGUCCAAGCCUUAAAGACUGUGACUGGACUGGAGGCUUCUCUAUUAUUAGAGAUUGACUGUAUUAUUUUAUUUUUGUAUUAUUAUUUUAUCUCCAGU